ACAAUUAAGUUUAACUAACUACUAACUAACGGCUUGAUUUUAGUUAAGUGUUGACCUCCAAGAAGAAAAUUGCGUCAAGUUUUUAAGUUAGAUAAUAAAUUAAAAAGUUUGUGACAAAUUUGUUUCUUAAUCAAUUUACACAAUUUUAAAAAUAGUUUUCUUACCUAAUUAAUUAAAUAAAUUAAAGUGGAUGUAAUACAAAAACUUGAAAUAUGAAGAAUUGAAGAGUAAUAAAAUUUAAUAUGCAACUUUGCUAAGACAAUUUAAAGAGAUUUUCAUUUCUACUCAAAUUGAUAACAAGUUAUCUGCCGGAAGAAUGCAGCUAGAAAUUCCAUUCGUAAAGAUGGAUAUUUUCGCAAUUCUGGUUUGGUGCUUAACAUUGAUGGGUUAUCCAGGGGUUAACUCUGGAUCUCCGGAAGAUGUCAAUAAGCACCUCGAAAUGGGAAGAAUCCAUUUGGAAAACCGUCAAUUCGCCGACGCCCUGACUCACUAUCACGCCGCCGUGGAAGGUGACCCAGAAAAUUAUCAGACCUACUACCGCCGCGCUCUCGUCUUCAUGGCGCUAGGAAAAUACAACCAAGCGCUGAAAGAUUUAGAUAAAGUUAUCGACCUAAAAUUCGACUUCACAACGGCCAUCCUCCAACGGGCAAAUCUUCUCUUAAAACAAGGAAAACUGGAGGAUGCCCAUGUCGACUAUGAACGUGUCCUAACUCGUGACCCCGACAACUACGAGGCGUCGCAAGGUUACUCUUCUGCCGAUGAGAUGCGCCGCGCCGUCAUUGACGCUCGCUAUUUUGUGGAAAUGAACGACUGCGGAUCCGCGGUGGAGAUUCUGUCGCGCAUAAUUGACAUUGCUCCAUGGGACGCAGAGUUGAGGAUGAUGCGAUCCAACUGUUACAUGGACUUGGGUGAUGCCACCCAUGCAAUAAUGGACCUCAGGUUCACCACCAAACUGAACAAUGAUGACACCGACGGUCUCUACAGGCUCUCGUCGAUCCUCUAUCAACUCGGCGAGGUGGACAAUUCCCUCAAGGAAAUUAGAGAAUGUUUAAAACUCGAUCCCGAACAUCAGUAUUGCUUCCCGUUGUAUAAGAAGUUGAAAAAGUUGGAUAAGCUCUUACAAGAGGCGGAAAGUGCGGGGGAGAAGCAGGAAUUUGGGGAGUGUGUAGAUGACAUUAAAAAAGCGUUCAAAGUAGAUUCCAAACUUCCACAACUCGUCGACCUCAAAUUGCGGCAUAAGCUGUGUUGGUGUCACUUAAAAAAUAAUGAAGGCUCACUAGCAGUCGACCAUUGCUCGAAAGCACUCGAAAUUCGAGAGGACCUUGAAAUUUUGUGUGAUCGGGCGGAAGCUUAUCUGUUAAAUGAUCUCUUUUCUGAAGCCCUUGAAGACUACCGUCGCGCCUUGGAAUUCGACGAGGACAACCGUCGCGCCAAGGAAGGGAUGCAACGUACUCAAAAACUCCAGAAACAAGCAUCGAAGCGAGAUUACUACAAAAUCUUGGGGAUUAAAAGAUCCGCGACGAAACCAGAAAUAGUCAAAGCGUACCGAAAAGCUGCGCAAAAAUGGCAUCCUGACAAUUACCCAGACGGCGAUGAUAAGAAGAUCGCGGAAAAGAAAUUUAUCGAUAUUGCAGCAGCGAAAGAAGUUCUCACCGAUCCAGAAAAGAGGGCGAAAUUCGACCAAGGCGAGGAUCCCUUGGAUCCAGAACAGCAAAAUGGUGGGGGUGGUCAGGGCUUCAAUCCAUUCGCACAUUUCCAUCAAUUCAAUCAAGGCGGAUUCCAUUUUAAAUUUCAAACGUAAAAUAAAUCUAGCAACAACAAUUUAUGUAAUUAUAGGUGAUGACUUAUGUAAUAGUUUUUUGUAAAAAUUGUCACUUUUCUAAGGACAAAAUUCCCUACGAUAAUAAUACAAAGGUUUGUUUGGUCGGGUGCGUAGUGGUUUUGAAAUUUCGGAAAAAAUGGUCAAGUAAUAAUAAUUCGGGUACAACGGCAACAGCAGCGGUUUGAUUAUUUACAAAGUUUUUUUUUGUGCCAAAGUCAACUGUUUGGAACGUAAGGGGAUUUUGAUUGACAGUGUGUACGCCUGCCAUUUAAUUUAAAUAUUUUACUCGACUGAGUGAGGAAAUUUUACCAAAUUCUAGUUGCUACUAAUUAAGUUGUUAUAAUUUUUAAAUGAUUACAAAAUGAGAAAUUUAAUGAGCUGAUUUUUUAAGCCAGAUAUUUAACAGAACACGCAACUUCUUGUCAUUGUCUGUCGUCAAUAAUAUGAUAUUUUUGGUCUGGGUGGGCGUGGGGUGGGAGGGAGGUACUAAUUGUUAGUUAAUUUCUGCUCAAUUGUCAAUUUCAUGAGCAUGUGAUUUAAUUAAUAUUUAUUUUAGUAGAGUGUAAUUAGUUAUGUGAUUUAGUUUCUGGACAAAUUGUUAACUGUUGAAAGGUCAAAUUUUUGUAGUUUUGUUUUUUCUUGUUAACUUUCUCCGCAAGCAAAAGUGUAGAAUUCGCAUUUGCAAAAACAUGACGUAACCCAAGCAUUUGAGUACUUUACUUAUUAUUCGUCUCUUAAAAUGAUAUGGUUAGUUUUUAGCAUGAUAUUUAUUUGGGGUGCUUGCCACUGGUUGCGAAUAAUUUGCUAAAAACGUGAAAAGCUGACUUUGAUCAAGUUAAUUUUACGCUGUUUUAAGUCAGUCAAUAAAAAGUACAUGGAAGAAAAAAGUAAUAAAUCAUGAACAAGAA